UUUAUUACUUCCGCAUCCAUUGAGACCCUAGCAGAGGUCAUUUGCCGUGAGUGGAGACACCUUUCUGUUACCUAUUGUUAUCCAAUGGCCUCAAACAGCAAUAGCAGCAGCAAGACGGCACAUGGUCGGGAAGCGGAGUCCUUCCUACGCGCCGAGAGACGUCUCUCUUCGAGUUUGUUGGCCGUGCUGGCUGCAAAGUUGGUGGACAGUCGGGUGUGUGCGACUCGCCUUGACGACACACGCAUUACAGGUUGUCUUACCCUCAUCGAUGGCUUCCUCAACCUCCAUCUGGAAAGCGGUGUCACCGUUACACCGCCUUCUACGCAUAAUCAUUCUCCUCUUCACACAUACCUCGAAGAAAUCAACACACCAUGGAAACGUGUCCGUUACAUCAGUCUUCCGCAAUCCCUUGACGUAAAAGCGAGUGUCGAGACAUAUCUGAACUGCGUAGAGUUGCACGACUCUGAGUCUCUUCGAAGACCUCCCAAGGUGACCAAAUACGCCUACUUACGCCAAAGGGAUACACAAUCCAAAGAUUCUUCUAAAUCCUCUUAA